CCCCGUAACCCCCGGCCAAUGACGAACCGGCCAGAACAACAGAGACGGCGCACGGUACUGUCGCCCCCGGCAGAGCCUUCCCGCGGCGAUACAUGCCCAGAGGCCGGCCGAGUCCAGCGAUAAGAGCUGGCCCUACACCUGGCCCAUCGGCGCCCGAAAUCCGAUCGGAGCCCGCGUGCGACGCAUAGCUGCGCUGCCCGUAAAACGAAAGUUACGAAGGGAAAAGACGACGAAAAUGAAAUAUCCAAAAAAAAAAAAAUAAAAAUAAAUGAAGAAAGAACGAAUAUAAAUGUCAAUUCGGCAGAUUCAUGCAUUACACUCAUUACACACAUUCAUAAACCCAUGCCCCGAACGUCCAUAAUCGUCCCACGGAUCCAUUUACCAUAGCUUAGAUUACAGAAUUGCAAGCCCGCUGACGCCGGCUCCCGUGAUUCGCGCUGUCAGCGGAGGGAAAUGCAUGACGUUAGAAAUACAAGAAAUAAGUCAGAUUCCGAACGCCGAGCGAGCAAGGCGAUUUUGAUAAAACCCUACUAUACCAGAACCAAAACAAUAAAAUAGACACUCUCCCCCUCCCCGAACUCUACGCACCGAACAACCAGCCAUGAACGCCACCGAGAACACCCCAGCUAAGGCGCACCAGAGAGCCGCUGCAUCAGCAGAGUCACCCCAAGUCGUAGACCUCACGGAUCUCUCCGACGCCGAGGAACCGGAGUCCACUGCCAAGGCGGAGGACGAAGCCAGGAGUAGCCGAAGAACCCCACACCUCCGAUGGGGACAUGUACGCAGAUAUGGAGCUAGACGCCGACGAGGCAGGGGCAGCCGACCACGAGGGUCCCCGAGACAGCCCCCCGCUGUUCUCCCGCCGACCAUCCGGGUUCCGUCGAGAGAACCUGUGGUCGCCGCCGCCGUAUAAGCGACGAGCCGCGCCCUGCUCCCCGGAGCCAGGGUCACCGUCAUUCGAAGAGGAGUUCGAAGAUGCCGGUUCUAGCCAGCACAGCUUCCCGGAACCAGAGACGCCAUCAUACGCGCCGAUGUUCGAACAGGAGUUUGAAGAUGCCGGUUAUCACCAGCGCCGCGAUCCCCGAACCGGCCGUGGCAUUUACCGCCCCGAGAGGGGGCUUGAGCGUUACACACCGAAACCAUACAACGCGUACUACGACGACGGGGAGAGCGAACAGGAGGAACCCUACGGUCGGCAAUUCAUAGCCGAAACAGAGACCUUUCACCACACGGUCACGCCAUGGGGGUUACGCGUCACGCGUAACCACCAGAUGUUCGUAGACGUCUUUGUCCCUCCCGGCCGGAAUGUCAACGCGUUCUUCAGGACAUUCCGAGAAGCCGCGGAACCAAUCGACUACCGCUCCGAACCGGCCGCCCCAGCCAGGGCAAGCCCCCCGCACGCCGAAGCGCGACCGCCAACGCCCGCAUCGGAUCCUCCCCGAUGCCCCAAUCCUCCCGAAGAGUCAGCGGCGGCCACGCCCCCGCACGCCGAAGCGCGACCGCCAACGCCCGCAUCGAAUCCUCCCCGAUGCCCCAAUCCUCCAGAAGAGUCAGCGGCGAACGCACCAACCAACCGUCACCGCCUCAUUUUUCCCCUUUUUAUAUCUCCAGUUUCCCUUAAAUAUAUCGUUACUUGGCCUUAAGAACAGAGAAUGCAUACAAUAAAUGUACCACCAAUAAAGAAACUCAUUCCCCA